AGGCUUUACUGACCAUUGUACACGAUUUCUUAGGAAAUGGAAGCUUCUCGUCAAUUAGAGUUUGAGAGAAAGGCUGUUGAGGUGGUGGAAAGAUUGUUGGAUGUUCCUGUUGAUAAGACUUUCUUUCUUGACGCUGUUAAGUACAUCGAGCCUCGUCAUUACGAUGAUGUGAUUGAAGAACGGUCAAUUAUCAGUCUCUGUGGAUAUCCACUUUGCUGUCAUAAACUUGAAAAUGUUCCCAAGCAAAAGUAUCACAUCUCAUUAGCACAAAAGAAGGUGUAUGACCUCACGCUGAGAAAAAAAUUCUGCAGUAAUGCUUGCUUCAAAUGUUCUGCCUACUAUGCUAGCCAAUUGUCAACAACACCUGUUUGGGCACGAGAAGGCCUUCACAUUCCACUAGUGCAUCUACUACCAAUGAAUUCUUCAACAACUCCUUCUAGCACAGUACGUCAAACUGAGACUACAAGCAAAGAUUAUAUUGUGAAAGCUGUCAGCACAAACUCGUACCUUAGCAAAGUAUCGGAACAGAAAGUAGAGAAAGUGCAAGCAUCACAGUCUGACAGUAAGGCAUCCAUAUGCUUAGAUCCAUCAGCUACUGAUCAUGACACAAAUGCACCUUCAAGUUUGUCUGUAAGUGGAGCAUCACCGGAAGUUGUAGUGACUCACAUCAAGGGCUCAACAGUCGAAAUUGUGUGGGAUGUGUUAUCGUCGUGGUGUACGGCAGACACAAUAAUACUUCUAACAAAUCCAUUGUUAUCAACACAGAGUGAGACUACAGAUGGUUUGAGUAGAGAUGAUGAAAAUGCAACAAGAACAGUUUCGGGUGGCGAAAUGGAACAGACGAGAACUGAAGGUUUUAAACGGAAAGCUUGCAGUCACUCUAAAUCACAAAAAGACAUAAGUACAAGUACGGAAAAAAGAAUAGAAAUCAGUGACAAAGAAAUGAUGGAGAAACUGAGAAGAUUUCAAGUGAAUGUAAAAACAGGGAAAUUUAUUGAUGAAGUGGCUGUUACGAAUAAUAGAUCUGCAGCUGUGGUAGACAUGGAGAGUGAAAACGCUGCUGCAAUGCCUGCAGUGGAGGAGCUUGGUAGUGGAUCUGUUGUCAUCAAAGAACACAAUCUAGAGGAUAGUCUGGAUUUGGACCCAGUUUUACCUCUUGUUGACUCACGAUCUCAAAUGGCAAUUCGUCAACGAAUUGUGUUGAACCAGCUGAACAAGGCGUAUCGACUUCUUCUUGUAGGGACGGAACUGUCUAUUGGAGGCUUCUCACAAGACUUAAACAAUAUUGUUCGAACAUUUAGACUUCAGAGCAAUAACAUCACAUUGAAACCAUCACAAUGGAAAUUAAUAUCAAUUGUCUUACUAUACAGUUUACAUACAUCAGUUGCAGUCAAUAAUGCUGCAUUGUCAACAAUGUCUUACCGUCUGCAAGAGAGACUAUGUCAAUGUAUAGAAGGUUUGGAAGUUAACAGUGAUGACAUGACGUCAUUGAUUUCAAUAUUUGGCAUUCAAGUUAAUAGCAUGGAAAAAUUAUUUUCAAAGUGUUGUACUACAUAGCUAGAUGCAAUUUAAUUUAUGGGACUUGAA